GUCACAAAGACAAUUCGAUUCCAACAAUGGACCGACGUAAUCCUUUCCAACAUCACCACCACCACCAUCAGCUUCAUCAUCACUUGAUCCAACAGCAACAGCUUCCGCCGCCACAAAGCACGACGGCGGCGAUGGAUCCCGGCGGAGGAGGUGAGAGAAUCCCACAGUGGAGCAUAGAGGAGACAAAGGAGCUUUUGGCUAUAAGAGAAGAACUUGAUCAGACUUUCAUGGAGACCAAACGUAAUAAGCUUCUUUGGGAAGUCGUGGCUGCUAAGAUGGCCGACAAGGGUUUUGUCCGGAGCGCAGAACAAUGUAAGAGCAAGUGGAAGAACCUCGUCACCAGAUACAAGGCGUGUGAGACCACUGAGCCAGAUGCUAUUAGGCAGCAGUUCCCAUUCUACAAUGAGAUUCAGUCGAUUUUCGCAGGAAGAAUGCAAAGAAUGUUGUGGUCAGAAGCCACAGAACCAAGCACUUCCUCCAAGAGAAAACAUCAUCAAUUUUCAUCUGAUGAAGAAGAAGAAGAAGAAGAAAUUGAGGAGCCAAAUCAAGACAUCAACGAGGAAUUAUUGUCUUUAGUAGAGACACAGAAGAAAGAGACAGAAGUGAUUACUACUAGUACUUCGACCAAUCCAAGAAAACGUGCGAAAAAAGGAAAAGGCGUUGCAAGUGGUAUGAAAGCUGAAACGGCCGGUAAUACAUUAAAAGAUAUAUUGGAAGAGUUUAUGAGGCAAACGGUGAAGAUGGAGAAGGAAUGGAGAGAUGCAUGGGAAAUGAAGGAGAUAGAGAGGGAGAAGAGAGAGAAAGAGUGGCGGAGGAGAAUGGCGGAGCUAGAGGAGGAGAGAGCCGCUGCUGAGAGGAGGUGGAUGGAGAGAGAGGAAGAGAGACGGUUGAGAGAAGAAGCUAGGGCUCAGAAGAGAGAUUCUCUCAUUGAUGCUUUGCUUAAUAGGCUUAAUAGAGAUCAUAAUGAUGAUCAUAAUCAAGGUUUCUAAUUUUUCAUUAUUUGUUUUAAGCAUAAGUUAAUUUGUUAGGCAAGUUAAUUUAGAUUAAUGUUUGUUUUAUUAAUUAUAUAAACUAUUGAAAUUUCG